GGGAAAGAAGAGAGAAACCCUUGAGGCUACGCUGGAAUUUACAAGGAGUCCGUCUGCACCGUCAAGAGGAAUCCACAGCAACUUCCAAGUCAGAAAACCGGUGUUGCAGACAUGGUAGUUCUAAAGCAGUGUUGCUGCGGAUGCUCCCUCAGGGCUGGGGCCAUCAUCAUUGCCAUCUUCUUUGUGGUUUCGAGCCUUGUGGACAUAGGAACGUCAGCGAACAGUCUGAACACCUAUCACUACAUCGAUGAUGAUCUAAGUGCAGCCAUCGACAAAUUUAAUAGGCACGUACACGAAGACUUCGAGAAGCCACUCAUAAAUACAGGUGAUACUCUCAACAAUCAUUUGGCUCUGGAGGGCGAGGACGGCAGAUUGAGCAGCACAAUGGAUAAAGCACUAUCCCAGACUCGAGUUACUAAGGCGGAGUUGAUUUUAGGCGUCUUCUUCUCUAUUAUCCAGUUUCUCUGUGGCCUACUUCUCAUCUGCGGAGCAAUUCAGGAAAAGGCUGGCAUACUUCUUCCAUGGGUGGUUGUAGAAACCCUGCUACUCAUAGCAGUGACUGUAAUGGGCAUUGUCUCAUGUAUUAAAGCUUUUGCUGUUAUCGAAUCAACUAUCGCCGGCAUUAUUACAGUUGUUUGGGUCGUCCUCUACUUUCUGCUCAGCGUGUACGCCCUGGUGGUCGUGUACAGCUACUACCGGGAUCUCCGUGAUAACCCACGUCCUGUCAGGCUGAUAGAGGAGAGCGAGGGUGCAGAAAUGUGAAGAGAGGUCGAUUCAGUUGAGUGUCUGCGUCACCAUUACCUGCAGAUUCAGAUUUCUUCUAGCGCAUAUAGCUAUGAAUGUCGAACGAAUCAAAGUAAUCAGCUGUCACUUUUGGUUUGGCAGUGCAUAUACAAACCAUGUACAACAUCUAUCAGGAACAGUGUCUACAUUUUAGGAGCGAUAUACUAAUGAUUCCACUUGCUGUUUCACUUUUCACAAACAGAGAAUGUCAUAAAUAAUUUCAGAGACCAUUCAUGUGCACAAGAAUUCGUUUCACACUAUUCUCAAGAGAAUUUUGUAUAUGUCACCCUCAAUUGCUGCAUCUAACAAAGCACAGUAUCUGCUACACAAUUUGCUCGAACAAAAUAUACGUAUUUAUUUACAUUACGUGUAUUUCCAUUUGUGUAAGUGAAUGA